AUGCCAUCCAAAUUAUCAGUUAUUUCAGAAAUUUCCGAAAAAUUCUCCGUUUACGAAACCCACGUGUGUCCAUUUCGUGUUAGCUCGCAGUCGUCGGUCGUAGACGAUGCAGAAGAGUUCGAGACAGUACCAGAUCCUCGCGGUCUGCUGGAAGGCAUCGACGAAAACGAAAUACCACAGACCGUUAGUGAAAGGUACCGAUUGCUUUCGUACACCUACGGCGCUACAGCUUUUGAAGCUGUUGAAGAUCUUUUGAAAUCUAUCGAACAAAAUCCAUCGGCAGAUGUUAAGCUGGAUUUCAACCGUCGCGGUUAUACCAGUCUCCACGUCCAAAUUGCACUCGAUUCGUUGCUGCAGUUGCGGCCCGAAUGUUUAACGUCGUUGGAUUUGAGUCGGAAUCGAUUGAUCAAUCCCUCGUUGGCCCGCCUCCUCGGAAGUGUCCUGCAAGAGCUGCAAGCGAUCACAUAUCUAGCACUCUCAUACAACGUGCUCAACGACGAAUGCAUCAGACUCUUGGCCGAUCCAAUAUCCAACUCGGGUGUUCGCCGCCUAGAAGCGUCCCAUUGCCAAAUCUCCGACAAGGGUGGUUCGCUCCUUUUCGCGGCCCUAGCUUACAGCGACUGCAUCGAAGUCGUCGACAUCCGCUGGAACCAUCUGAAGUAUGCCAGUGGGGUUGCAGUAGGGCGCUUUUUGACCACCCAAAAAACUGUGAAAGAGCUGAUCCUGUCGGGUAACCAUCUGCACCCUCAAUCUAAAUGCAUUGUUCCACUGUUGCUAGGCGCGAUUGGCAACGAAUCGCUGGAACAGCUCGAUCUGUCCUGGAACAGCCUGCGAGGUGAUGAAUUUGGUCGCGCUUUGGUAAAAGCCAUCUCGCAAACCAAACUGAGACGCCUCAACUUGGAACACAACAUGCUGACGGGCCCGGAAAUGAGCUUCGUUUUGCGGCUGCUGAAAAAGAGCGAAUCCUUGGAGCAGCUCUGGCUCGGUGGUAACACCUUCGAGGAUGAGGACAUUAUGCUAGACUUCGUGCGGACUUGCGGACGGCAUCCCACGUUCCAGCUGCUCUCCUUCGGACGGUUUCAAUUCAUUUCCCAGCGGGCGGGCAAAUUGUGUCAGUUUUUCAUGCGCAAAAACCCCAUCAAAACGUUCGUCUACCAAGGAGUGCUCCUUGCCAAACCGCCUCGGCCCGUUGAUGUCCCGGAGAUGCUGCUGGAACGAUGCCGCUUUCUGGCGCAGAAACCCAAGCGGGCCAAGCAAAAACGUGACCUAGGCCAUCUAAUGUUGCAGUUCGCAAGCGCCGAGGACACCGCUCCAACGCGCGAAGACUUUGUGCUUGCGGUGAAACGGUUCCGGGUCAAGCUCGAUCGUGCCCUGCUCGAGGCGCUGAUGAACGCCUUCGAAGGACCCCAGAAGAGUGUCGAUGUUGGCGCAAUGGCACUCAAGUACCUAACCAAACACCCGACCGAACCGCCUGUCACAAAGCCUAAAAAGUCGAAAGGGAAACCAAAAACCGCUGCGUAA